AUGUCGGCCAGCGGGGUCGGACAGCAGUGUCGGCCAGCAGUGUCGGCCAGCAGGGUCCGACAGCCGUGCCGGACGGCCGGGUCGGACAGCCGGGUCGGGCAGCCGGGUCGGACAGCAGGGUCGGACAACAGGGUCGGACAACAGGGUCGGACAGCAGGGUCCGACGGCCUCGCGGAGCUCAGCGAUCGCAGGACGGUGCUGUGCCUGCUAGGUCUCGCUGCGGUGACUACCUUGUGCGUGGUUGGCGCGGUCCUUGUGAUCGCAUUCAUCGAGGACAGCGACGACGGGGUGAUCGACUACAAGCCGUCAGUUUCGAAGCUGGGCAAUUACAGCAAGUGGGCGGCAGCCACCGACGCAAAGCCGUGUAUAAAUGCUUCCAGAUGGAUGUAUCAGAAAGGCGGCAAUGCGAUCGACGCAGCUGUGGCGACGCUGCUCUGCCACACACUCGCUUUACCCGUCUCAAACGGCAUCGGCGGAGGCUUCGUGGCGACUAUCUACUUGGCGAAACUAGACCGAGUGGAAACACUUAUCGCACGGGAAACUGCUCCUGCGGCGGCUACGAAAGACAUGUUUGUUAACAAACCUGGAGCUUCUCUGAGAGGUGGACUGUCGGUGGCUGUCCCGGGAGAACUUCGCGGUUAUGAGGAACUCGUCAGGAAUUACGGCAACAAGACGUUCGGGGAACAUUUUGAAUACUCUAUAAAGCUUGCCAGGGAAGGCAUAAAAGUUACAAAUUAUUUAGCCAAGGCCAUACAAUAUGAGUACGAGCACCUCAAGGAAACUCCAGCCUUAAAGGACUUGUACUCCAAAAGGGGCACUGACAAUCCUCUCACCGAAGGAGACACGCUGAGAAAUCCUGACCUUGCAAAGACUUACCAGGAACUAAUGGACAAGGGUGUCGACUACUUUUAUAAAGAAGCUUUGGCAGACAAGAUCGUACAAGCGGUCCGUAAUUCAAGUGAGUGGACGCUGCAUCGUGAUUACCGAAGUGCUCUGUGGCGAUAUUUUACUUAUUAUGGCAUAUUAACAAAGGAAGACCUUGCGGUAUACAGCGUCCGCUGGGAGAGGCCAACCGAGAGGAAGUUCAGAGAUGGCCGCACAAUGUACUCGGUCGAACCCCCGGCUAGCGGUCCGGUACUUGCCUACAUGUUGGGCAUUGUGGAUGAGAUCAGAGAAGGACCAGAUGACGCCCUCAACGAUGACUCUCUGAACUACCACAGGUUCAUCGAGGCUCUUAAGUUCGCAUACGCAAAGACAGCGCUUCUUGGAGAUGAAAGAAUGGAACCAAGCGUCGCAGAGGUGACAGAAGAGCUUUUAUCGAAAGAAGCGGCCGAAAACUCCAAAGCCAAGAUUAACGACUCCAAAACUCAUGAUGAUGUCAGUUUCUAUGGAAUGGCCAACGCAAAUCGAAGGGAUAGCGGAACUUCUCAUUCUUGCUACUGGGACAAGGACAACAACGUGGUGGCCAUAUCAAGCACGGUGAACUACCUGUACGAAAUCGAACGUCGCUUUCUUGUAUUAUUUUUACUUCUUUCUACGGCAAGUUUCGGUAGCCAAGUGGUGCCCACUGGCACUGGCUUCGUCCUGAACGACCAGAUGCACGACUUCUCAACGCCGGGGCAAAUCAACGCUCACGGCGUUGGCCCUUCGCCCGUGAACUUCAUCGCGCCAAACAAACGUCCUCAGUCCUCGAUGGUGCCCACCAUAAUCCUGGACAAGGACAGAAAUCCGGUAAUGUGCGUCGGUGGUUCCGGAGGGUACCGCAUCACCAGCGGCGUGGGCUUGGUUGCAAUGCGCACACUCUGGCAAGGGAAGAACAUCAAGCAAGCCAUCGAUGAGCCAAGAGUUCACCACCAAUUGCUGCCAGCCGACCUGGAGGUGGAAGAAUCGUUACCUCAGAGAUACGUGAGAGAUUUGAAGAAAAAAGGACACAAGAUAAAAUUAAAGGAGAGCAUGCUCAACGUUAUCAACGGCAUCCACAAGCGAGAUGGCCGACUCUACGCCAACACCGAUUUCAGGAAGGGUAGCACUGUCGACGGGGAGUGAUGCAUAGCAAGCCAUGCUGAACCAGAGCAGAUCCACGGAAAAUAAAGA